AUGCUGGUCCUUCUCAUUUUUGGUGCUUUUAUUAGUGCUACGUAUGCCGGCUCUGUAUCUUUGUGUAAGGAUAUAAAAGACUGUGCCAAAUGUGCUGAAUCGUUUAUCUAUGUAUUCGGCUUCAAAGAACACUGCAGAUGGUGUCUUGAAACAAAAGCUUGUGGUGGUCCGUUUGCAUGUUCAAAGAGCACCAGUGUCGUUCAGCGAGAACCUUUCAAAUGUCCUUCUGAGGCACCGACAAUCAAGGGGCGACGAUACACUGACAAAUUGGGAAGAUCGCUGUUUGCACUGGCUGUCGCCUCAAAACUUUCCGACCCAACAAAAUGCUUAUCAAACAAUCGACCAGAUGUCAAGCUUCUAAAAAUGUAUGAAGUUGAAUGUGACGCAUCGCACAAUAAAUGUGCUGGUAUGUUGGCAGUUUCCGAAGCUGCCAAAAGUCUUUAUGUUGUAUAUCGAACUACCGGCGAAAUUAAGCAGCUUCUUACAGAGCUUGUGCACACAAUUGUUGCUCAACUCGGAGCUUGGGAAAAGUUUGAAGCUGGCGGCGGUGUUAUUACAUAUUUUCAUGGAGCCUUUGAAAGAUUAUUCAAAGGUAGUGGAAUGAAGUCAGACCUGAUGAAAUUGAAAGAGAAGUAUCCUGGAUACAAAGUUUGGGUUACCGGGCAUUCAUUGGGUGGAUCAUUGGCUUCAAUGACAGCACUCUAUUUGGCGAACAAGACGAUGUUUUCGACUGACCGAAUUCGUCUGGUCACUUUUGGCGAGCCAAGAACUGGCAAUGUCGCUUUUGCAAAGGCAGUUGAAGAUACUCUGAAAUUCCGAUAUCGAGUUGUACACAGAGACGAUAUGAUUACAAAUAUCCCGACUGCAAUGGACCCUAACAGUCUAUUAAUCACAGCAAGUUUAGCUGAAAGGCAACCGCAUUUCUAUCGAUACGUGGUGCAUUACGAUAAUGAUAUGAAACCUGAUGACAAAUUCGAGAUUUGCAACUACUCUGAAGAUCAUGCGUGCAGAAAUUUGGCGUCAGCAAACAACGCAAUGGAUCAUGUUAACUACUUUGGCAUUGAUGCUGAUGUGUAUCUGAAGGAUAACUGCACCAAACCCUUAACAACAUGA